AUGACUCUUCCUUCUGUUAAGAAGUUGAUAGGAAAAUUUAGUAAGGCACAGAUGCCAAACUACAACCUCGAAGAUGCCGUUACCGUAUAUUAUCGAGAUCCUCUAGGCAUCACAGACCCCGACCGUCGAGCUCUUGCUCCUUUUCUCCCUCGAUAUCUUGAUAUUCCCCCCAACAUUGAAAAGUUACGGAGUUACCGAAGGAGAUCAGACGAAGACUUGAUACGACUCGCGCAGGGCGUUGAUAGAAAGAACAUCGAGUUACUAUACGAGCUACACCGCAGAGCGUCGCUAUCUUUCUGGAAGUCAGGUAUCAAACCAGACUGGGACGACCCCUGUGAAUAUUGGCUAAGAUGCGUCAAAAAAACUACACGCUGGUGGCAGAUUGGCCGUAGGCAAUCUCUCAAGGAUUAUGAAGCCAAGUGGCUCCAGAGGGCCCCCGAUUAUGAUCACGAGGCACCACCUCCUGACUAUAACCACAUCUUUGGCUCGAGACUUCCAGACUACUCAGACCUCCUAAACAUUCGGGAUGCCAGCUCAUAG